AUGCUGUCACUACAUCAUGAAGAAAUAGAUCAAAAUCUAUCUAAUUCCCCAAACUCAACUAAUUCCACAACUCAAAUCCCUUCAAAUUCAACAAUAAGUUCAAAUAAUUAUCAUCAUAUAAAUAAUAAUCAUAAUAAAAAUAAUUAUCAUCACAAUAGUAAUAAUUACAAUAAUGAGAACAAUAAUCAUAAAAACAAUUUUCCAAAUCUACCUUCACUUCCAGAAAAUCCAUUCUCAAAUAUUCAUAUAAAUAGUUAUAGUCAUAAACCAAAUGUUGUACCUGUUUAUGUAUUAGAUUCAAUUUCAAAAAAAGUUACAUAUGAAGCUAAACAUAAUCAAAAUAUAAAUCAGCCAAAUUUACAAAAUAAUAAUGAUAAUGACAUUGGUGAACAGCAGCAGCAACAACUACAACAACUACAACAAGAAAGCCUGACCCAUCAACAAGAUUCAAAAAGAGACAAAAUAGAAUUAUCUUUCAGAGGACAAAAUGAUCCUUAUUUAAAUUCAAUAAAUGGAGAUUGGAAUUUAUUUUUUAAUUCAAUACAACAACCAAUAUCAUAUCCAAAAGAUUAUAUAAAUAUAGAUCCAAACAUUUUAAAUGAAUACAAUUUAAAUAAAGAAUGGGGAGGUGAUGAAAGAUUAAAAAAAGAAUUUAAUAAUGAAGAUUCAGCAAAUAAACAAAUUAAUGAAAGUAGUACAUCAAAAUCAUUUUGGCAUUUCAUAAGUAAUACAAAAGAUGAUGGAGAACAUGAUUCUAAAAUUAGAAAAACUACUGCUGGUUAUUGGAUGGGUAGUAAUAGAUCAAAUUCAAGGCCUGCAAUGAAACAUUUUUUAUUAAAUGGUCCAUUAAUUCCAUUAAUGUUAAGAAUUAUAACUUUAAUAUUUUGUACAAUUGCUUUAGGAUUAGCUUGUACAAUAUUUGUAUUUUCAAAUGAUGAAUAUAAUGGUAGAAAUGUUUCUCAACAAGCAAGUACAAUAAUGGCAAUAUGUGUACAAAGUUGUGCAAUAUUAUACGUAAUAUAUAUUGCUUAUGAUGAAUAUGCUGGAAAACCUUUAGGAUUAAGAAAACCAAUGAGUAAAAUAAGAUUGAUUCUUUUAGAUUUAUUAUUUAUAAUAUUUUCAGCAGCAAAUUUAUCAUUAGCUUUUAAUACAUUAUAUGAUGAUGAAUGGGUUUGUGAAAUUUAUAGAUCAAAUUAUCAAGAUGUUAAUAAUUAUUUCCCAGUUAUUUCAUCAAUUUGUAGAAGACAAAGAGCUUUAGCAAGUUUUUUAUUUGUUAAACAGGUAUGUCAACUCCAAAGUCCUCAACUAAAAUUCAAAAUCCCAGUUCAACUCGUUAAAUCAGGUUCUGUCUCACCAACAGCUUAUCAUGCCAUUCUACCUUUGGGUCAAUCUCCAACUUCAACACCGAAUUCAGGUCAACAGUUACCAACCACUGAUCAUGGACAAUCUCCUCAACAUCAGCUAUUUGAAGAUCCGACUAUUAAUACUUCAACUACUCAUGCUCCAACUGCUCAGGAUUUAGCUCAUAAUGUUUCACCUAAACCAAAUCAACCAUUUUCUUCAGUUGAAAUUAACAACAUCAAAAAAUCCUGUUUACUCAACUACUUAAAAGGUCCAAAUGCUAGUCAAAUUUUUUUUAAAAGACAUUGGCUCAUCAACGAAACCUAA